CUUCAUUCAGGCUGCUGGAUCUAUUUUCAUUAUCUGUUGCUGUGAUGUUCUUAGCUUCUAUGUGGGGGCAAAGGUUCGGUUGGCUCGGUACUCUUGCUGAAGCAAUCCUUUCUUCCUUGCCUAAGUUCAUGAGUACCGAAAGUCCCCCAACAAGCUCGUGCAUACACUCAUACAGCCCCUACCAAUGGCUGAGAAAGAAGAAUGCAAGGUGCUCAUCGAUCAAGCCAGCAACGAAGCUGGUGAUCCACACCAAGACGACGACUGCGAAGACGAAGACGACGACGAUAGCUCGAGCCUCAUCCUGCUGACCAACCUCAUCCUGAGCGGCACGGCGCGGCUCAACGUCCUCCUCCCCACCGCCACCAUCCUCGCCUUCGCCAUCUUCGCGCCCCUCCUCACCGACGACGGCAAGUGCACCCGCCUCAACCGCGCCCUCACCGGCGCCCUCAUGCUCCUCUGCGCUGCCUCCUGCGUCUUCUUCACGCUCACCGACAGCUUCCGCUCCCCCACCGGCCGCCUCCGGUACGGCAUCGCCACGACGAGCGGCAUCCGCACGUUCUGCGUCGGCGGCCGGCGUCGCCGGCGGGGCGGCGGGAAGGCGGGGCCGAGGGAGCCGGAGAGGUACAGGCUGCGGUGGUCGGACCUCUUCCACACCGCCCUGGCCCUCGUCGCCUUCGUCACGUUCGCCGCGUCGCACCACGACAUCGUGCUGUGCUACUACCCCGGCGUGCCCAGGAAGGUGGUGAACACGGUGCCCCUCGUGAUCGGCUUCGUGGUCAGCCUCCUCUUCGUGCUCUUCCCGUCCAAGAGGAGGGGAAUCGGGUACCCGUUCCUGCUCAGCACCGACCUUGUCUACCUACGCCGCUGAUGAGACGAAAGGAUCGCAUGGUCUUCUGAUGGAUUUGUAUUAUGUGAAAGUUUGAUUUUACAUGGUUGUCUUGGGGUAAUUUGAGCCAAAAUGUAUGUACAUUCUUCAUUGCCUCUCUCAAGUGAAGUACAAAGCGGGAAACAAUGUGUGUUGGAUGAGAUAUAUAUCAAGUAACUUUGUUUCA